CUGGACUGGGAGUUCUGAGGGAAGCGGAGUGAAGUGGUGGGGAUGCGGCGGCGGCACUGACAAUGAGUUUUCUUGGAGGCUUUUUUGGACCCAUUUGUGAGAUUGAUGUUGUCCUUAAUGAUGGGGAGACUAGGAAAAUGGCCGAAAUGAAAACUGAAAAUGGCAAAGUAGAAAAACACUAUCUUUUCUAUGACGGAGACUCCGUUUCAGGAGAGGUAAACCUAGCCUUUAAGCAACCUGUAAAGAGGCUAGGGCACCAAGGAAUUAGAAUUGAAUUUGUAGGUCAAAUUGAACUUUUCAAUGACAAGAGUAAUACUCAUGAAUUUGUAAACCUAGUGAAAGAACUAGCCUUGCCUGGAGAAUUGACUCAGAGCAGAAGUUAUAAUUUUGAAUUUAUGCAAGUUGAAAAGCCGUAUGAAUCUUACAUCGGUGCCAAUGUUCGCUUGAGGUAUUUUCUUAAAGUGACAAUAGUAAGAAGACUGACAGACUUGAUAAAAGAAUAUGAUCUUAUUGUUCACCAGCUUGCCACAUAUCCUGAUGUUAACAACUCAAUUAAGAUGGAAGUAGGCACUUAUGAUUGUCUACACAUAGAAUUUGAAUAUAAUAAAUCAAAGUAUCAUCUAAAGGAUGUGAUUGUUGGAAAAAUUUACUUUUUAUUAGUAAGAAUAAAAAUCCAACAUAUGGAGUUGCAACUGAUCAAAAAAGAGAUCACAGGAAUUGGAUCCAGUACCACCACAGAAACAGAAACAAUUGCUAAAUAUGAAAUAAUGGAUGGCGCACCAGUAAAAGGUGAAUCAAUCCCAAUAAGACUAUUUUUAGCAGGAUAUGAUCCAACCCCCACAAUGCGAGAUGUGAACAAAAAAUUUUCAGUAAGGUACUUUUUGAAUCUAGUCCUUGUUGAUGAGGAAGACAGAAGGUACUUCAAGCAGCAGGAGAUCAUUUUAUGGAGAAAAGCUCCUGAAAAAUUGAGGAAACAGAGAACAAACUUUCACCAGCGAUUUGAAUCACCAGAAUCACAGGCAUCUGCUGAACAGCCCGAAAUGUGAACUGAAGAGGAGAAAAAAAGAGAAGCAAAAAACUCCUAUGUCCAUUGAGAUGAAGUUCAGCUUGUUAAAGAUGGCUGCAGCUUGUGGGGGUGGGGGGCAAAACUCCAUUUAUAAUAGUCUUCCUUUAUCUUACAGUGCUGCAUUUAUUUUAUGAUACAACUAAAUGUUCUUCAUGUAUAUACAUUUAAAAAAAGCGCUUUCUUUGAAACACUGGAACUUUCUUAAGCUGCCGUUUUUUUCUUUCCUUUUUUUUUUUAACUGCAUACUUUGACCUGAUGAUAAGCACCCAGAUAUGCAUAAACAUAAACAUUAAAGAUUUUCAUGUGAGUAGGC